AUCCGAAAAGAAUGCACACAUCACGCCAUCGUCAUCAUCAUCUCCCACAUGCGGUAAAAGCCGGUAGUAAUCGGAAAACGUGCCCCUAGUUCAGGCCGUUAAUCUUAAUAGGUGGUAAUUACAUAGUUUUAUUUGCGUUAUAAUCAACGGUUUUCAAUAUUAAACCGGCAGCCUUAUUUAUUUGUUUUACAAGCGUAUCGCUCCAGGAAACGUCCAUUCAAAGCGCUACACAUGUCGCCCAAGGCAUGCGUUCUUUUGAUAUAAAUUAGAAUAAUUUAUGUCUUAGUGGAACAGUUGAUUUUGUCAUAAUGGUGGCUGGUGAGUUGCUUAAAGAGCAGCAUGUUCUGCCCGACAGUACACCUGAUGGCAGUGUCACAGCCUGCGAGACGCCAAACGGAGGAAAUACAGACGAGGACAGCAGCUACAAGGAUAUUUCCGAUGGAUCCGCUCUUGUAAUUGUCGAUGCAAAUAUACUGGAACAGGAGCUUCCGCCACCGGACGAAAAAGAAGCGAUGCUUCCCGGUGAGCAGAAUGACGAACCACUGGAAACGAGACUGUACUGGAGGAGGUUCGGGGUGCUGGUGGUGUUCAGCCUGUACUCGCUCGUCAACGCCUUUCAGUGGAUCCAGUACAGCAUCAUCACCAACAUAUUCAUGGACUAUUAUAAUGUAACAAACAUCAUGAUUGACUGGCUCUCAGUGGUCUAUAUGGUCGCGUACGUACCUUUGAUCUUCCCCGCGACGUGGCUGUUGGAUAAGAAGGGACUGAGGAUGACAGCGUUACUAGGGGCCGGCUUGAACGGGGUGGGUGCGUGGGUGAAGUGUGCUAGCGUGAGGGCCGACCUGUUCUGGGUCACAAUGACCGCACAGGUCAUUUGUUCAGUGGCACAGGUGUUCAUCUUGGGUCUCCCCUCCAGAAUCGCGUCGGUUUGGUUCGGGCCGAAAGAAGUUUCCACGGCGUGUGCCACAGCUGUGUUGGGCAACCAGCUUGGUGUAGCAAUAGGUUUUCUGCUCCCACCUGUACUGGUACCAAACACAGCAGAUGACAAAGAGCUCAUGGGCCACAACAUCAGAAUAAUGUUCUAUGGGACAGCUGGAGUUUCAACUCUGUUGUUUCUUUUAACAGUAUUUGUCAUUAAGGACAGUCCUCCACUGCCACCCAGCAAGGCACAAGCUGUUCUCUCCAUAAAACCAGCUGAAGAUUAUUCAUACAAGAAAUCGAUGAUCAACCUCUUCAAGAACAAGCCCUUCAUUCUGCUCCUCAUCAGUUAUGGCAUCAUGACAGGAUCGUUCUACUCUGUAUCUACACUCCUCAAUCAAAUGAUAAUAUAUCACUAUCCGGGUGAAGAAAUAAACGCAGGCAGAAUCGGCUUGACUUUGGUGUUGGCUGGAAUGGUGGGCUCCAUACUUUGUGGAUUCUGGUUGGAUCGUACUAAGCUUUAUAAAUUGACAACAUUGAUUGUCUACAUCCUUUCAUUCAUUGGAAUGGUGGUGUUCACAUUCACACUGGACUUGAAACAUCUGCCUGUGGUCUUCUUUACCUCUGGGGUCCUGGGAUUUUUUAUGACUGGUUACCUUCCUAUUGGCUUUGAAUUUGGUGUCGAAAUUACUUACCCUGAGUCAGAGGGAACAUCAUCUGGUCUUCUAAAUGCAUUUGCACAGGUCUUUGGCAUAAUUUUUACUCUCAUACAAGGGCGGCUCACAACAGACUACAGCCCUCUCAUUGGAAACAUUUUCUUGUGUGCAUGGAUCCUCCUUGGGAUUGUUCUGACAGCUUUGAUUAAAUCAGACCUCAAAAGAAAUGACAUCAAUGUGGGAAACAUUAACAAAGGGCAAGCGGUUCCCAUUGAGCAGCCCUCUGAAAAAGCAUCCAAUGGCAUCAAACCAGAGUCCUCCAGCUUGUCUCAAGACACUUCAAUUUAACUCUUAAAUGUCUACAAUAGUACAUCUACAAUCACAACAACAGAUCACAGACUCUCCUGAGAUUACUUGAAAUCUCCUUUUUGUUGUACUGUAAUAAUGUUGUAUAUAAUACAAUGUUCAGUUAAAAUUGCCAGUGAUAAUUGUUCAUAUACUGUUAAAGGGUUAGGUCACCCUGAAAUAAAAAUGUUGUCAUUUAAUUUACUUAUACUUGUGAGUACCCAUAAGACUUUAUGUCUACAAAAGAUAUUAUGCAGUGACGAUUCACUUUCAUUGUAUAGAAAAAAGAUGCAAUGACAGCGAAUGGUGACUGAGGCUAACAUUUUACUAACAUACAGGUCAUACAAGUUUGAAACAACAUGAGGAUGAGUAAAUGAUGACAAAAUGUUUAUUUUUGGGUAAACUAUCCCAUGAACUUCAUCCUCCUAAUCUAGGCUGUAAAAUGUGGAUAAGCAAUCUGUCUCGUAAUUAUACAUGCAUGACAGUUUUUAUCUAUUUGAAGAACUAUGGACCAAAUAUGAAAUAACGUAUAGGGCUGUUAAUGCACUUAUGCACAAUCCUUUUAGUAUGAUGGAAACAACACAGUUCGGGUGCAUGUCUGAUUGCUUUUUCUCAGAGGACCUUUCCUGCUCAGUGUGAUAUUAUGAGGUUAUUUUGUUCAUUUUUAACAUUUGCUGCCUUCCAGGACAUCUACAUGUCAUCUGCAUUUCCUUUUCCCAUGCUUUAAAACCAGAGAAAUCUGUAAAAAUGGUAGGGCAUGAGUAAGUAUAGAAAGUGCUUUAAUGAAUUCAUUUAUUAUGACGAGACACUGUGAUGCCAUUUUAAAUGCUUAUGUUAGUAAAUUGCUUUAUAGGUUUCAUCAUUACAGGUCUAACAUCAGAAGUCAUGUUGUGCUUUUCUGAUCAGUAAGACAAUUAACGUGGACCAGGAGAAGAUUAUACCUGUUUUACUAUUUGCAAAAAGCACAAAUCAAUGUGUAAGCAUACUGUAUGUACAACAUUCAAAAGAAUGUCUUUUUUUGUUUCUUUUCUAUUUUUUAUUUUUUUUCCAUAAAAAGGAGUUAGUAGUAUUUGCAAGGGUGUGAUUGUGUGUUCUUUAGUGAGGUUUAAUGAAGAAAGAUAAAAUAGCAUAGAAAUUUGUUAAAAAGUAGCACUAUUAUUUUAACAUGAUGCAAUCAUUUUAUAACAUUAGUUUUGCUUUAAGUAACUUUUUUUUAUUAUAUUUAUUGGCUUUUUCAAAAUUGCUUUUGUAUUUAUUAAUUUUGGAUUUAAUUUCUACUGUUUCUACUUAGUAUACUUAUUAGUUAAUGAAAGCAGCUGUGUAAACCAUGGUUUCACAAAUGUCACUGGGAAAUGAAUUGUCAAGUAAAAGCCUGCUCAUUGUUUAAGAGUGAUUUCACUCUUUUGGAUUACACUCUUAAUGCUUAAGGUGUAGAAGUGUCUUGUGAUUUCAUACUGUUGUAAAAUUCUAAAAAAUUUGCAAUGUAGCUUUUGUAAAUGGCAUUUGUCUGUAUAGCAGUGUUGAUUAUUUUGUA